AUGGGUCGAGUAGAUUUUGAUGACAAAAGCAGCUGGGAGUAUCUCUUCAAGGAUUAUUGGACUGAUUUAAAAGAGAGGUUAUCUCUAACACCAGAAGAGCUUGAUCAAGCUAAAAAUCCUUGGAGAGGUUCUGAUUCACAUGCUGGGAAGCAGGAAUUGGCUGAUGAACUUUACGACGUGCAUAAUGAUGGAGGAUCAGGAUCAGACAGUUUUGAAAAUGCAGAAAAGGAAGCCCAAAAAACGGUUGAGGUCUCGCGCAAAGGAGAGAGAUUCACCAGGCUCAGCAUCAGGGGCUGGGGGGAAUCUGCAGAUGAAAGUGUUGAGUGGGCAUCGAAGGAGCUUUUGGAGUUUGUUAUGCACAUGAAGAACGGUGAUAAAUCUGCCUGUUCUCAAUUUGAUGUACAGGCUCUGCUACUUGAAUACAUAAAAAGGAACAAACUUCGUGAUCCUCGGCGCAAAAGUCAAAUAAUAUGUGAUUCUAGGCUUGAGAAUUUGUUUGGGAAACCACGUGUGGGCCAUUUUGAAAUGUUAAAGCUUCUUGAAUCUCAUUUUCUUUUGAAAGAUGAUUCGCAGGCAGAUGAUGUUCAAGGGAGUGUUGUUGAUACUGAAGCUAAUCAGUUGGAGGCUGAUGAGAACUAUGAUGCUCUUACGAAGGCAAGUAAAGAUAAGCGACGAAAAUCACGUAAAAAGGGCGAGGGGAGAGGACUGCAAUCUAAUGUUGAUGACUAUGCAGCAAUCGAUAUGCACAAUAUCAAUUUAAUUUACUUGCGACGUAGUUUGCUCGAAGGUCUAAUUGAAGAUACAGAAGCAUUUCAUGAUAAAGUUGUCGGAUCUUUUGUGAGAAUAAGAAUAUCUGGCAGUGCUCAAAAGCAAGAUUUAUAUCGGCUGGUCCAAGUCAUAGGUACAAGCAAAGCUGCCGAGCCUUAUAGAGUUGGCAAAAAGAUGACAAGCUUUAUGCUGGAAAUAUUAAAUUUAAACAAGACAGAGCUUGUAUCAAUUGAUAUAAUCUCAAAUCAAGAAUUCACAGAGGAUGAGUGCAAGCGUCUGCGUCAGAGCAUAAAAUGCGGACUUAUCAAUCGGUUGACUGUGGGUGACAUUCAGGAAAAGGCCAUGGCAAUACAGGCAGUCAGAGUUCAGGAUUCGUUAGAAGCAGAGAUAACACGUCUCAGUCAUCUCCGUGAUCGAGCUAGCGAUAUGGGACACAGAAAGGAAUAUCCUUUGCUCUUGAAAGAAUGCGUAGAGAAGUUGCAGCUUCUAAAGACACCUGAGGAGCGCCAGCGUAGAUUGGAAGAAAUUCCAGAAAUACAUGCUGACCCAAAUAUGGAUCCAAGUCAUGAGUCUGAUGAAGAUGAAGGUGAAACAGAAGAUAAUAGACAAGAGAACUCUCUCAGACCAAGAGGUAGUGGCUUUAGCAGGAGAGGGAGGGAGCCAAUGUCCCCCCGAAAGGGAGGUUUUGCUUCAAAUGAUACGUGGGGUGGAUCAAGGAGUUACUCAAGCAUGAAUCGGGAGCUAAGCAGAAAUAUGUCUGAUAAAGGUUUCUUGAACAAAGGGGAUGAUGUUGGAGCUGGUGAGGCUGCGAAUGAGAAUUUGUGGGGUCAAGGAAGAGAGAAACAAACACAGCAGUCCCAGAGUUGGGAAAUGCCAAAAACUGCUUCAAAUGCAUCUCAGACUACGAAUUCUAUGGUAAUAUCAGAAUCUGUUCCUAGGGUUGUGCCGGAGAUUUCACCUGCAACUCCCUCUACAGUGGUUGCACAAUCUGCUGCUAAAGUGAAUGAAGCAGAAAAAAUAUGGCACUAUCAGGAUCCAUCUGGAAAAAUUCAAGGACCAUUUUCCAUGGUGCAGCUGCGGAAAUGGAAUAAUACUGGAUAUUUCCCUACUGAUUUGAGGAUAUGGAGAAAUACUGAGACGAAAGACGACUCCAUACUUUUGUCUGAUGCACUGACUGGAAAUUUCCAGAGAGAUGCUCCGGCAGCGGAUGGUAGUUUUCUGAAGACUCCAUUAGUCCAGAGUCUGCAUUUACCAUCUUCAUAUACAGGGAAUGUUGCCCAAGCUGCUCCAGCUCCAGUUGAGGUCCCCAAGUACUCUACAGAUAGGUGGGGUUCUGGGACAAAUCUCCCAUCUCCUACUCCAGGACAAACUGCCACAAGCUUGACAAAGGGGCAAGUGUUUGAAAGCCAAUGGUCACCAACUCCUGCUCAACCUGUGGGUUCUGUCUUAGGAGCCAACCAAUCGUCGGGUGGCAAUGUAGAACUGCAACGUGCUACUGUUAUCUCUGGGACUCCAUCAAAAAUGUCUCAUGGAGUGAGCCCAGUGCCUAAGCUAGAAACAGGCAUGCUUUCGAGUUCUUCAAAUGCUCCUCAAAUGCAUUCUCAAUCAAUGUUGCCAGGUGAAUCACCGAAGGUACAGGUUAAUACCCAUCUGCAUUCAGCACUUGAUUCUAGUGGAGCUUCAGUUAAUGCAGCUGUUGAUAUGAGAAGUCUCCAGAACCUGGUUCAGCCGGUGACUAGUGGUAACUCUUUUGUUGGGACACAUGGAUGGGGGCCUGGUUCAAUUUCAAGGCCAGAAAUGAAUGCCUCACAUGCUGCAGUAGCUGGGACUGGAUCUCAAGCAUGGGGAAGUACCCAAUCCCAGAAACCAGAGGCAAAUAAUCUGGUUUCUAUGUCCUCACAGCCCAGUGCUUAUGGUAACUGGGGCAAUGCACCAACCACUUUCCAGAACCCCACUUCAUCCUUGACCACAGGAAAUCCAAGUGGGGUUUCCCCCAUGCCAGGCACUGGCACCAAUCCGUGGAGAGCUCCUGUUCCUGGACCGUCAAACAUUCAACCUUCUGCUCCUUCCAGCGGACCAUGGGGCAUGGUUAUUACAGACAACCAAAGUGUUGCUCCAAGGCAAGGGUCAGAAAAUCAAAAUACUGGUUGGGGACCAAUUCCAGGAAAUCAAAACAUGGGCUGGGGAGUAUCCUUACCUGCAAAUUCAAAUCCAGGUUGGGUUGGGCCUGGUCCAGUCCCAGCAGCUGGAAAUGCAAACCCCGCUUGGGUUGCUCCAGUUCAGGGACAAGCAGCACCGGGAAAUGCAAAUCUUGGUUGGGUUGCUCCUGUUCAGGGGCAAGCUCCUGGAAAUGCAUUUUCAGGCACAUGGGGAAGUGACAUGAAGCAAAAUGGAGAUAGAUUUUCGGGCCAGAAGGAAAGAGGUUCACAUGGUGGAGAUUCUGGUUAUGGUGGAGGCAAACCAUGGAAUAGGCAGUCGUCAUUUGGCAGAAGUGGCGACUCUUCCAGACCUCCAUUUAAAGGGCAGAGAGUGUGCAAAUACCAUGAACAUGGGCAUUGCAAAAAAGGAGCUUCAUGCGCAUGGCUGUAUGCCCUCCCAUUCUGUUUAACAGUUUAUUUGAAUGCUUGUACUAGAUGCUUGGGAUCAUUUGGUCCGCUUCCAUAUAAAGUUAGGACCCUUUUGGUUUGGAUAGCAGCUAGAAAUUUAAUGGCUCUUUGCAAUCGAGUGGUUAAAUCAGGCGUUAAUUCUGCGAUUUUCUUUGCAAAAUCUCGAGCGAUUAACACUUCUUCGUCGUCGAGUUCAUUUUGUAACAGAUUUGAUUACCGGCAUAUUUCGCAGCUCGUUAAACCUAACAAUAAACGCGCAUUUCUCGUUGACACAUUAGCACUGGUGAGAGGAUUGGAAGCACAAGGCGUACCGUCAAAGCAAGCGGAGGCGAUAACGGCUGCGAUUACUGAAGUGUUGAAUGAUAGUUUGGAAAAUGUCUCUCAUUCUUUUGUUUCUAAGUCAGAAAUGCAGAAGAGUGAAAUGAUUCAAGAAUCGAAUCUGUCCAAGUUUAAGUCUGAAGUACAGAGUUCUCAGGAGCAUCAUUUUUCUAUGUUGCAACGGGAGACUGAAAAAUUACGAGGUGACAUAGAGAAAAUGCGCAGUGAACUGAGAUAUGAAAUCGAUAAGGUCACUGCUGGACAGCGUUUGGAUUUGAAUCUUGAAAGAGGGCGCAUACGUGAUGAGCUGGCAAAUCAGAAUGCAGAAACCACCAAUCUCACAAACAAGCUCGACCGGGAAAUUCAUGCAUUGAGAGCCCACUUGGAAGCAGCAAAAUACGAUGUGAUUAAAUACUGCAUAGGUACACUGGUCUCCAUAUGUGCAGUUGGCAUUGCAACAGUCCGUAUCUUGUUAUAG